UGCUUGCCAGCUCGCCGGGGAGGAGCCGCGGAGGCCGCCAUGACCGCCGAGGAGGGCAAGGCCGAGGCGAUGAGCGCCGCUCCGCCGCAGGAGGGAGAAGCUGCGGCCGUGGACAUCACCCCCGGCCGCGACGGCGGAGUCCUCAAGAUUAUCAAGAAAGAAGGAAUAGGGACAGAAUCACCCAUGAUAGGUGAUAAAGUGACUGUUCACUAUAGUGGGUGGCUUCUAGAUGGCACAAAGUUUGACUCAAGCCGGGACAGAAAGGACAAGUUCUCGUUUGACUUCGGGAAAGGUGAAGUCAUCAAAGCUUGGGACAUCACUGUGGGAACUAUGAAACUUGGAGAACUUUGUCAAAUAACUUGCAAACCAGAAUAUGCCUAUGGCUCUGCUGGCAGUCCCCCUAAGAUCCCUCCCAAUUCCACACUGAUUUUUGAGAUAGAGCUGUUUGAGUUCAAGGGUAAAGACCUCACAGAUGAUGAAGAUGGUGGAAUAAUCCGAAGAAUUCGUAAGAAGGGAGAAGGCUACUCCAAACCCAACGAGGGAGCUAUGGUAGAGAUUGAGGUGGAAGGUCGGCAUGGAGACCGACUAUUUGACAAACGGGAGCUGCGGUUUGAAGUAGGAGAGGGAGAAAACUAUGACCUUCCUCCUGGCGUGGACAAAGCACUUCAGAAAAUGGAUAAGCUGGAAGAGUCCGUGGUGUAUCUCAAGCCCAGCUAUGGUUUUGGAAGUGCUGGGAAACCAAAAUUUCAGAUCCCUCCAGAUGCAGAGCUACAGUAUGAGAUCAAACUUAAAAACUUUGAAAAGGCUAAAGAGUCGUGGGAGAUGAACACCAGUGAAAAGCUGGAACAAGGGUCCAUUGCAAAGGAAAAGGGCACUCAGUAUUUCAAAGAGGGAAAAUACAAACGGGCAGCAUUACAAUACAAGAAGAUAGUGUCAUGGCUGGAACAUGAAACAGGACUCUCAGGUGCAGAUGAAGCAAAGGCCGAGAGCUUGAGACUUGCUGCCCAUCUUAACCUGGCCAUGUGCCAUCUGAAGCUGAAGGAGUAUUCCCAGGCCUUGGAGAACUGCAACAAGGCUCUGGAGCUAGACAGCAGCAACGAGAAAGGCCUCUUCCGCCGUGGGGAGGCUGAGUUGGCUGUCAAUGACUAUGAACUAGCCCGAGCAGAUUUCCAGAAGGUGCUGCAGCUCUACCCAAGCAACAAAGCAGCCAAAGCGCAGCUAAUAAUUUGUCAGCAAAAGAUCCGUGAGCAGCAUGAGAGAGAGAAAAAGAUGUAUGCCAACAUGUUUCAAAGACUUGCCAGCAAGGAAGGAAAGGUGGAAGCUGAUGCAGUCUGCAGAGAAGAGACAGAAAUGAAAGACGACAAACAGAAUGGAGUUGAAGAAAAAGCAGAUGAUGUAGAAGCUUGAAGCUGAAAUGCAGUUCUGUUAGUUUUGUAAAACUGAAGAAUUUCCAGUGAACUAGACCUUUAUUUUUCUAUCUGAUUGAAUAAGAGGCAGGGGCUGGGGCUAUGGUGCUGCUUUAUGUCUGUCUGCAUAGGAAAUGUGAGUGGCAGAGCAGACCUGGAGUAAUCUUAGGGACGUUAUUUAUUCAAUCAUGCAUUCUGACUUGGUUGCUCUUGAUCUUGGGAAUUCUAUCAGGAUCAUUUCCUCCUUAGUUCCAUUUUGUUUUUUCACUGACAUCUCUCUUGGGUUCCACUUUAAUCUAAUCCCAAAUCCCACUCUUCACUUUGUUUCUUUGGCCCUUUUUUUAAAGUAAUCAUCUUACCCACAAUAAGGUAAUUGUAUGGGAGACUUAUGAACAAACAAAACCACUAUGUCCCUUCUACUAUAGCCUCAUCCUGUCUUAUUUCCUCUGUCAACACAAGCAUCCUUCUCCCAUGGGCAAGUGUUGUCACCUUUCUUGUAAUGCCUCCCCUUUUGCACAUUGCUGAAGAUUAAGACUGUGAGGUCCAAAGCUUGAGCAAUAAAGUACCAAAAGAAAAGAAGGAA